UCCAGGUUCUGGAACAUUCUAGGACGUUCUAGAAUGUUCCGGGAUCCCUAGAAUUUUUCCGAGGUGUUCUAGAAUGUACCAGAACAUCACCAAGUGAGUCUGGGGGGAUUCUGGGAUACGGGUCUGAGUAGAAGUUUCCCGGCUGGGUGUGACGGGUGUCCUGGUGCUGGCCUGGCCCUGCGGACAUUGACGUGACAUCCGGCGCCCACCGGGGCUGCGGAAACUUCCAGCACGUCGGCAGAGGGUCUCAGACCCCCCAGGACGCUCGCUGGGUUCUCUGGAACAUACUGGAACAUUCUACAACAUUCCAAGACCCCAAAGACACUCACCAAGCGGUCCAGGGCAUCCUACGAACAUUCUAGAAAAUUCUACGUCAUCCACCAGUAUUCCGGAACACUCCAAGACCAGGCGCUCUAGAAUAUUCUAAGGCCCCGAGGACGUGCGCCGGGCUCUCUAGAACAUUCUGGAACAUUCCACAGAAUUCCUCGCGAUUCCAAGGACAUUCCCUGGGCAUUCUAGAACAUUCUGGAAUCCUGGAAACACCCACCAGGGGUUCUGGAAAAUUCCAAGGCCCAAGAACGCACGACAGACUCUCCCAGAAUUCCCUGGGAGCACUGACCGUUCCGGAACGUCCCUGGUGUCCACCAGGAUGUUUGCACAACCUUCGGCCCGCCAACUCCUCCCCCAGCCCUGGCAAUAAAUAGACGCCGGGUCCCCGCCGGCUCAGACGACGACGAAGACGAUGGUGAUGAAGAUGACGGUGACGAAGGCUCUCCUCCUCGCCCUCACGGUGGGCGUGGCCUGUGCGGACAUCGACCCCGCCCAGCUCUCCGGGCCCUGGCGCACCUCCGCCAUGGCCUCCGACAUCCUGGAAAUGAUCCUGGAGGAUGGGCCACUCCGGAUGCUGUUCCGCGAGAUGGAGUGCAACGAGGACUGCAACGCCCUGAACGUCUUCUUCUAUGUCAAGAAGAACGAGGUAUGCACCCCGCACACGGUUGUGGCCCAGAAGAACGCAGACGGCAUCUACACCACUGACUUCGAGGGCCAGACCUCCUUCCAGUUCCACGUAUUGGAUCCCGCUAGGCUCUUCGUCUUCAUCAAUAACAUGGGGUCCAGCGGCACCACCAGCCGCCUCAGCUUCCUUGUGGGUGAGCCCCCCUCACACACACAUGUACACUGCCGGUGCCCGCUAGGGAUACGCACCACGACCCGAGAGUCUGAGCCCAACUGUAUACAGGGAAAGGGGGGAUACAGUCGGUGCCCACUGGAUAAAGCGAGUGUAUACAGUCAGUGCCCACUAGACAUGGUGGGCAUAUACAGUCGGUGCCCACUAACGCUAGCAUAUACAGUUGGCGCUCGCUAGAUGGGGUGAGUGUAUACAGCCACUAAAGUGAGUGUAUGCAGUAGGCUCACACUAAAGCAAGCGUACUCAGUCGGCACCCA